UAACACAUGUAUACUGAAGUUUUUUUUUUAAUAUUAAAUCGCUAAUUCAGUUGUUUAUGGUGAAAUAGGCAAAAAGAAUCAGAGAUGUCUUAUUUAUUAAACGCAUUGAGUAUAACAUCCAAAAGAAAUGUUUUCUCUAUAAAUGUAGUGAAACGAACAUACAGAACCAAAAAGAAGGAACAUUCAAGCCUUAUUAAAGUGGGAGUGAUUGGGUCCGGUUCGUUUGGCGAUCCAGCUUCUUUGCUAGUUAAAACUUGUGACAACUUUGCAAAUGUAUUCAACUGUGGUGAGGGAACGUUUCGUAUCAUGUAUUCUAGAUCAAAUCGUUUCCGCUAUUUAUCGAAUGUAUUUUUAACAAGUGAUCGCUGGGAACGAGUCGGAGGAUUGCCAUCAUUAGCACGAGCAGUUCACGACCGAAAUUUACUAUUUCCAACAAUUCAUGGGCCACCAAACGUUGAAAAUUAUCUACGUAAAUUUGCUGAGCUUACCGAUCUUGAUCCAGAUGAUGCAAUGACAGAGCAAACAUUUUGUCGUAAGCCAUAUUACUUUGACUCUUAUUUGGAAGUCGAUUAUGUCGAUUUACAUCGUGAAAAUGCGCCAGCUUCAGAGCAAACAAAUGUUAUGGCGUUUGUUUGUAGAGUCAGACCACGUAAAGGAACUGUUAUUGUGGGAAAAUUCACCGAAAACAAUAUUCCAAAUGAUUACAUUAAAACCAUAAAUAAUGGCUUGGAUGUCACUCUGCCCGAUGGAAGAAUUAUUUUGGCAAAAGAUUAUUUAUCGCCGAGCUUUUAUGGCGCGAAUUUUUUGAUAAUCGAAAUACCUACAAAAGAGUAUUUGCACAAUUUGGAGCGGAAUGAUUUAUUGAAUGAACAUUUGAAUGAAAUAAAUGCAAACGUGGGAAUGGAAUUUGUGGCACAUUUUUCAUCAAACGAUAUCAUUCAAACACCCGAAUACCAACAGUUUUUGCGACGCAUCAAUGCCAGAAAACAUUUUGCCUUGAAUGAGACUGCUUUGUAUAGCGGUUUAAAAUAUGCACACUUGAAUCAAAAUACAAUGAAUCAACUGGAUGCCGGCAUUUAUCCACAUCUUCGUUCAAAGUAUACUAAAGAUCAUCCAUUAUAUCGGCAUAUGAAUAAUGAGAAUAAUGAUAUUUGCAUAAGUGAUCCAAUUCAAAUUGAACCAACGAUAACUGGCACUUUAUAUCUGUUCUCGGUUAAUGGAAAUAUGGGCCCACUGGAGGAAACAAAAGAUGACGAAGACGCUGUUGAAGACAGUAGUAGUGAAGAUGAUGUAGCUGACCAAGAUACUACAAUAGAAAUGGCCACUACACGAACCAAUGCUUUUCCAAAAGUAAUAUUUUUUGGUACAGGCUCUUCAUUUCCAGGUGUUACAAAGACAGUAACCUCAAUUUUAGUACAUACUGCACCAGAUACAUCGAUUUUGCUUGAUUGUGGCGAAGGAACCGUUGGUCAAAUAUGUCGAUUUUAUGGUAGUCAAACUGAAGAAAUUAUUAAAAACAUAAAAGCACUGCAUAUAACCCACAUGCAUGGCGAUCAUCAUAUGGGAGUUAUGGACUUUAUUCGUAUGCGACAAAAGUAUAUGCCAGAAAAUCGAAAUCCACUAUUGUUAAUGGCACCAAAAGAUGAAUUCGGUGCGUUGCUCAACUUCUAUGAAGAAAAUUUUGGCAAUGUUCUAUGUGAAUUUAUGAUGAUCGACAAUAAAGAUUUGAUAAAUUCUAGCCUAACCGAUGAACAAAAAGCAAUACUCAAGAUUAAUGACUUGAAAACAUGUCGAGUGGAGCAUAUAGAAAAUUCCUAUGCGAUUUGCAUAAAAUCAAAUAUUUUACCAGAAAAUAUGGAAGAAUUUAAGCUCACAUUUAGCGGUGAUACAAUACCAUGUGAUGCUUUGGUUGAGCUCGGCAAAAAUUCAACAUUGCUAAUACAUGAGGCGACCCUAGAAGAUACAUUAGCCAGCAGUGCUGCGAUGAAAAAACAUAGUACAAUAUCGCAGGCAAUUGAACAAUCCGAAAAAAUGAAUGCCAAAUACACAAUAUUGACACAUUUCAGCCAGCGGUACCGGUUGCUACCGCCAAUAAAUAGAGAACUUAUGGAAAACAAAAAUAUCGGCAUUGCUUUUGAUAAUAUGGAAAUUGUUCCAGACGAUUUAAGUAAAUUAAAUGAUAUAUAUUUUAAACUUACCGAAAAAUAUGCCGAAGAAUUAGUUCGAAUGGAAGCGAGAUCAAAGAGAUACGCACAGCGAAGUGAUUUUAAUUCAUUCACUUAGUUAAACAAAAUAGAUAUAGAAAAUAUAUAUGUUCAAUGUAAUGAAUAAAAUUUAAAAACAAAA